AUGUUACGAGGUUACCAGGGACAACAAGGCGCAUGCGCUUAUUGUUUCAUAAUGGCGAGUGACGUUAGGUUGGUUCGAAAACCGAAAAGAGACGAUGAUCCUGUAUUGGUAAGAAAUGAAAUCCCUUCUGAUGAAAUCCUUCAGCACAAGAUAUGGAUAGGAAAUUUGGACAGACGAUUGACAGAAUAUCAUUUAAUGCAAAUUUGUAAGCAAUAUGGUGCUGUGAAACACCUAGUGUAUGUGUUUCACACUCGUGGGCCUCAAAAAGGAGAACCAAGAGGCUACUGUUUUGUAGAAUUCAGCAAUAGACAAGAAGCAGACAAAGCACGUCUCAAUCUGAAUGGUAAGAUUGCAAUUGGAAGGCAACUGAAAGUGGACUGGGCUCGACCCUCAUCAUCUGAUUCGGAGUUAAAUCCUCAACCAACCAAGCCAGAUGUGAAGCAUAUGAAUCGUAAACAAGCUGAAGACAAAAUUAGAGAGAUUGAAGCAAAGUUGAAGUCAAUGGAAGGAGACAAUCCAUUAGGAACUGAAAAAGAUGAAAAUGGUUGUGAUCAUAAACUAAAACAAAGUGAUGAGAAAAGAUAUGCUCCUUACAGCGCUACUGGUAGACCACAUGUUAACACAUGAUUGAUAGUCACUAACUACAGUAUUUAAAAUGGCUAGACAUGUAUUGUAUCAUGACAAUUAAUUAGUGUAUUGAUGGUGACAAUAAUUCUAUUUUUUGUGAUGUCUGGAACUGUUCUACUAAAGCAACUGUUUAAUCAUUAGGUAUAGCCACACAGUCUGAACUCUAUGUGUGCAAUUGCUUAUAAUUACAUGUGAGUCACACUUGAACUUGCAAUGUUAUUGUAAACUUUUCGCUGGACUUCACUCAUCUGCUUUCUUCUCUCCGCCCACUUUCCUCGUGUGCAGAGAUCAGUCUAUACGGCUCUGACUAUCUGC